AUGGCGGAAGCAUUACAUCAACGUGUUGAGUCAUAUCUUGUAGAUUUUUUUAAAGAACCAAAUAAUGGAGUAAAAUUUGGACCGAUAGUAGCUUCUGAGAAUGAUGCCGAUGGAACACAAGAUGCGAAACGUGAAUGUGUGAGGAAUACAUCCGCUGCCAGAUUAUGGGCACGUCGAGCACUACCAGUUGGUGUAUUAUCUUCAAAUACAACUUUAGCAGGAAAUGGAGUGUAUGUCAAAGAGUGGGAAUGCGGAACAAUACAUCAUAUUACACAUAAAGAAACCGGUUACGUCUUUUGGGAUCCACCAAUUUUGGGUGGAGUUCCAAAUGUUGAAGGCUAUACUGCAGUGAUACCCAAUACUGUUAUUGGCGAAAAUUUUGUUAUUGACUUACGUGGCUUACAACAAGUAGUCCUUCGUACAAAUUAA